AUGUUGAUCGAGCAAUGCAGCAGACCGGUCCAAAAGCAGCUGACAACAAACGACGUGAAACAGACGAAUCUAGCUGUAUCGGGGAAGAAGUUUCAGCAGCUUCUUGACGAAUCAGGGAAAAAGAAGGAGACUAGGGCUUCGGUUUAUGGACCAGACGGGAAGGUUCAUGAGAUUUGGUUUAGUGAUAAUGAGGAGAGGUCGUUGGAGUUGACAAUAGGGUGGAGGAAGUUCGUGGUUGAUUAUGGGCUCAAGGAGUGUUGUGACUUUGUCAAGGUUUGGAUGUUUAGGCACAGAGACACUCAAAAUAUUUGCUUAGCUAUCGAUGCCACAAGGUUCUCUUUCACGAAACAGGUUAGUAAGAGGAUCUCUUGA